UGAAAACUCUUGCCUACUUUCAGGUCAGGCAUGGUGGCUCACGUCUGUAAUUCUAGCACUUUGGAAGCCCGAGGCAGGUAGAACACUUGAGGUCAGGAGUUCAAGACCAGCCUGGCCAACAUGGUAAAACCCUGUCUCUACUAAAAAUAGAAAAAUUGGCCAGGCAUCGUGGCAGGUGCCUAUAACCAUAGCUACUCAGGAGGCAGAGGCUACGGUGAGCUGAGACCGUGCCAUUGCACUCCAGCCUGGGAGACAGAAUGAGACAGUAUCUCAGACAACAAAAACCCUCUUGUCUUCUUUCUACACAUAAAUGCCCUGAGGGUAUAUAACCUGCUAUGUAUCACAGUGGCUCCUCGAUCCAACGUAUUUCUCCCAAGUUUUCAGCAGUACGCCAUUUGUAAAGUGACUGUCAUCAACCCAAAAGUCCACUCUCUUUUUAUGGACAUCAGUAUGCUGCUGUCUUAGAAGUGCAGUGUUUCUCUGCAUUGACAGUGAAGGCUCUGUAACAACAGAACACGGUGUCCACUGCACCUCAGUGCAACCAAUUCUCACAUGAACACUGGCAACUCUGUGUGUGUCACACACUGAUCACAUUCGAGGAAGUCAUCCCUCAUAAUAAAUACCACGUCACCUCUUUUUAAAUCAUCCCAUGCUGCAGUUUGGGGAGUGGCCUUCCAGCCUUCUGUAACUUCCGUGCCAGCUGCCCCCUGUGCCCAUUAUAAACUGUACCACAGCAAGCAUCUAGACCCCUCAGCUGUAAGCUCAAAUAUGUUUUUGGAUCAAUGCAGUCAGUUACAGCAGGAUUUCUUCGGACUUUACUUGUCAAGCACUUUAUAUGGAGUUUGUCUUGUUAAUGCUACUUCUGUCACUGUGUUCCACACAAGCUCCCCAUUGUGAAAUGUCCAGCAGUCGCAGGAAUGAUUUCUGUUAGGACCAGACCGACGACUCAGGUAUAAAUGAUUCAGCCACUUCACUCAGAUGAACAGCUCCCAUUAUGGCAGACCUGCCAGUUAAAUACUCCAGGACAUCGGUUCAUGGUUUUUAAGCUGCACAUUCGGUAUUUACGUGUCUUUUGGUUUGUUUUUUCUUCCUUUUACCUGCGUGAGGAGACAUAGUGCUUGCUUCUACAUGCUUUUCUUCAUCCUAUCGGUUUUCCUGAGUUAACAUUUCAAAAACUUGGCAAUUUCUGAUGAAUUAACCAGUUCAUACAUAUAAACUCUGCUAUUUACACACUUGAGUUGCUGGAAAAGGACAUCACUGGGCAAUUUUUUGGCAAUUAAGUAAGGACAGAAAAAUCACUAGGGCCUCAGCACUGAUCACCAGAUGAUAUAUGUUUAAAUAAUGAAAACUCUCUGACAUAGUUUACACGAGGGAUUUAAAAGUGUCUCCAGGCCAGGUGUGGUGGUUUAUACUUGUAAUCCCAGCACUCUGGGAGGCGGAGGCAGGCAGAUCAUUUGAGAUCAGGAGUUCGAGACCAGCCUGACCAAUAUGGUGAAAACCCAUCUCGAAAAAAUAACAAAACUUAACUGGGCAUGGUAGCUUGUGCCUGUAAUCCCAGCUACUCAUGAGACAGGCAGGAGAAUCGCUUGAACCUGGGAGGCAGAGGUUGCAGUGAGCUGAGACUGCACCACUGCACUCCAGCUUGCGUGACAGAGUGAAACUCUGUCUCAAAAAAAAAAAAGUGUCUCCAGUAUCUAUAUAGCUUUCCUCACCUGGACUGAUUCCAGACAUUCUGGUCUCCUGUGAUGGAAUAUAAACAUACUAACUUUAAUAUCUGUUUUGCGGCCGGGCGCGGUGGCUCAAGCCUGUAAUCCCAGCACUUUGGGAGGCUGAGGCAGGUGGAUCGUGAGGUCGAGAGAUCAAGACCAUCCAGGUCAACAUGGUGAAACCCCAUCUCUACUAAAAAUACAAAAAAUUAGCUGGGCAUGGUGGCACAUGCCUGUAAUCCGAGCUACUCGGGAGGCUGAAGCAGGAGAAUUGCCUGAACCCAGGGGGCGGAGGUUGCGGUGAGCCGAGAUUGCGCCAUUGCACUCCAGCCUGGGUAACAAGAGCAAAACUCUGUCUCAAAAAAAAAAAAAAAAGAAAAGAAAACAUGAUGCUAAGUAAAAGAAGCCAGACAUGGCUAGGUGCAGUGGCUCAUGCCUGAAAUCUCAGCACUUUGGGAGGCCGAGGCAGGUGGAUCACGAGGUCAAGAGAUCGAGACCAUCCUGGCCAACAUGGUGAAACACCGUCUCUACCAAAAAUACAAAAAAUUAGCUGGGCGUGGUGGCGCGUGCCUGUAAUCCGAGCUAUUCGGGAGGCUGAAGCAGGAGAAUUGCCUGAACCCAGGAGGCGGAGGUUGCGGUGAGCCCAGAUCGCGCCAUUGCACUCCAGCCUGGGUAACAAGAGCGAAACUCCGUCUCAAAAAAAAAAUGAGGAUCGGGAGGGGAGAUAACACAAGGUGGAAAUCAGGGUCCGGAGCCUGCUCCAGAGUCUCUGUAGUGGCCCUGACCGUGGCACACGUCGCUGCCUUCUCCUGGGGCUCGAUUUCCCCCGGCGAAGAAUGGACGGUUUCAAGCUUGCCCCCUGGCCUCCGACUUGUGCCCCCGGGACAGAGGCAGGCGUCUUUUACGCCGAGGCCUACGGGCUCAGGAUGAGUCCCCUCUGCAAGUGUUUUUGUAGAGAAAAACUACAUUAACCAGAAGGCAUUGCCCGGUACGUGGCGGGCUCUGGAGCCAAUGAUGAUCCAGGACAGGGGCGUUUUCUGUGGGCCGCGAAGCUUGGGGCGGGACUUCCGGCAUUUGGGUGGUGGCGUCAUUUGAGCGCGACGGUUCUGUCCACGCCGGCUCUUCCACCGCCCCCUCCCGGGCGGCUCUGGGGAAAUGAGCAGGUAGGAGGCAGACAGCGACCUCUGCGUCUCGGAGUGAACGGUGAGCCUCCCCAUCACGGGGUAGUUCGACUGUCAGCCAAGGUCACCGCGCCCUGCGCAGGGAAGGGGUGGGGCUCGGCCGAGCCCGCGGGACCCGCCCCGCUAGGGCUGCAGGGUCCCAGUAAUGGCGACGGCAUUGACGGACCCGGCGCAGGGUGUCCUGUUCCCAGACCAGAGCUGAUCUGCCACCUAGAUCAUGGGCAGGAGCCAUGGACCGGGAAGGAAGACCUCUCCCAAGGCACCCGUCCAGGCCCUCCUGUGUGUUGGAUUUCUUUCAGGUGACAAAGGAAAAGCCGAGAACACAGAACCUACCACUCGUGAGCCCGGCUUGUCUGGAGGAAUCCCAUUCUGGGGCCGACUUGGACAAGGAGCUUCCGGAGACUUCCAGUUGGGGCAGCCCAAGGAUCAGGAUGGGUUUUCAGAAAUGCAGGGAGAACACCUGCAACCAGGGACAGAUUCCCAAAAGGAGACACUUCCUAGAAAAAUGAGCCCCAAACUUGAUGGUUUAGGGACAGCUGAGAGUGCGUGUCCAAGGAUUACACAGGAUCAAGUCUCCUUAGGAGAUGAUGUCCAUGACUGUGACUCACAUGGAUCAGGUAAAAAUCCAGUUAUUCAAGAAGAGGAAAAUACUUUUAAAUGCAAUGAAUGUGAAAAAGUGUUUAACAAGAAACGCCUGCUUGCUCGGCAUGAGAGGAUUCACUCUGGAGUGAAGCCCUAUGAAUGCACAGAGUGUGGAAAAACUUUUAGCAAGAGUACAUACCUCCUGCAGCACCACAUGGUCCACACUGGGGAGAAGCCCUAUAAGUGCAUGGAGUGUGGGAAGGCUUUUAACCGCAAAUCACACCUCACACAGCACCAGCGGAUUCACAGUGGAGAGAAGCCUUACAAGUGCAGUGAAUGCGGAAAGGCCUUCACCCACCGCUCCACUUUUGUCCUGCAUAACAGGAGCCACACUGGGGAAAAACCCUUUGUGUGCAAAGAGUGUGGCAAAGCCUUUCGAGAUAGGCCAGGCUUCAUUCGACACUACAUCAUCCACAGUGGUGAGAAUCCCUACGAGUGCUUCGAAUGUGGCAAGGUCUUCAAACACAGGUCAUACCUCAUGUGGCACCAGCAGACUCAUACAGGGGAGAAGCCCUAUGAGUGCAGUGAAUGUGGGAAGGCCUUCUGUGAGAGCGCAGCCCUCAUUCACCACUAUGUCAUCCACACUGGGGAGAAGCCCUUUGAGUGCCUCGAGUGUGGGAAGGCUUUCAACCACCGGUCAUACCUCAAGAGGCACCAGCGGAUUCACACUGGGGAGAAGCCUUAUGUGUGCAGUGAGUGUGGAAAGGCCUUCACCCACUGCUCUACUUUUAUCUUGCAUAAAAGGGCCCACACUGGAGAAAAACCUUUCGAGUGCAAAGAAUGUGGGAAAGCCUUUAGCAAUCGGGCAGACCUCAUUCGACAUUUCAGCAUCCACACUGGGGAGAAGCCCUAUGAGUGCAUGGAGUGUGGAAAGGCUUUCAACCGCAGGUCAGGCCUCACAAGGCACCAGCGGAUUCACAGUGGAGAGAAGCCCUAUGAAUGCAUCGAGUGUGGGAAGACAUUCUGCUGGAGCACAAACCUCAUUCGACACUCCAUCAUCCACACCGGGGAGAAGCCGUAUGAGUGCAGUGAAUGUGGAAAGGCCUUCAGUCGCAGCUCAUCCCUCACUCAGCAUCAAAGGAUGCACACUGGGAGGAAUCCUAUCAGUGUAACAGAUGUGGGAAGACCUUUCACAAGUGGGCAGACCUCAGUCAACAUCGAAGAACUUUUACUGGGGAAAAACUUUUUGAAUGUCACCACUGAGGAAAAUCUUUUGCAAGAGGAAGCAUCUUACAUGGCUUCUGAUCAGCCAUACCAAAGAGAAACCCCACAGGUGUCUUCACUGUGAGAAAACCUGUUGCAGAAUAUGAUCUGUCACCUAAGGAGUCAUAUUAGAAAAUCACACAGCUGAGAGCCUUAUUCUCCGUCUGAAUUCAUCCUGGAAAAACACCCAGUGGUUACGAUGCACUUAGGAAAACCUUCAGCUCCAUCUUUCUCAGUAGUUUACAGGGCAGCGUUAUCUCAGGAAUUUUUAUAAAAAGAGGUGACAUAGAAAAGAAUGAAAUGCAAACACUGCUUCUUUGAUACUGUCAUCUUGUGUGUACACUUCUGUCCUAUGUCAGGAAAGUAAGGGAAGGUCUGGGAACACGAUGUCUUUGUUCUACCACACUGUCUCUUGGGAAGCACUUGUUUUGAUGACAAACAUGAAGGCUCGAGUUAUGAAAUACUUUUAUACUUAACGAUAAAAGGAAACAUGAAUGCGCACAUUUUAUCGCACCAGUUAAGACGGUUUAGGUCUUUGAUUUUUAAAAUCCUUUUUUAAUGGGGUUUAAGCACUGACACUCAGAAUUUUCCUUGAUUCCUAUCUUUUGGUUCACUUGAUUGCUGUAGCUGUACGGUAAAUCUCAAAAGGGUAAUGUGAUUUCUUUCUUACUAUUUUUACUUAAAAUUCAUUUAGCAUUCCUAGUUUCUUUGGCGCUCCGUAUAUGCUUUAGGAUUGGCUUUUCUGUUUUUUACAUAUUCUUGCUUGGAUUUUGAUAGAAAUUGAGUUCAGUCUGCAGAUCAGUAUGUUGAGAAUCGGCAUCUUUAUUAGCCUUUCAGUUCAUGAACAUGUCAUACCUUUUCAUUUAUUUAAAUAUUCUUUGAUAUAUUUCAUUACUGUUUUACGGUUUACACAAUAUAGCUCCUGUACAUUUUAAAUAAGAUUUAUAGCUUCAUAGUUUUUUGAGUGAUUAUCAAUAGCAUUGAUACUCAAAAUUUCAAUUUCACGUGAUACUGAAACAGAAACAUAAUUAUUUUUUCAGUCUUAUUUUACUGUCUUGCAACCUUCCUAAACUCAUUGUUUCUUUCAUUUCUUUUGGGAGAAUCCUUAGGAUUUUAAACAUAGAAAUGUCAUUUGCAAUUUGGGACAGUUUUUUCUUACUCCGCAUCUGUAAACCUUUUAUUUGCUCUUCUCAUGUUAUUGUAGAAGGUCGGCUUUCCAGUGUGAUGCUGAAUGUGAAGAGUGACAAGUCAUCCAUGCCUUGUUCCUGAUAUUAGGGGGAAAUGUUCAGUUUCUCUAUUUUAUUUUUUUCCUUUUUUUUUUUCUACCCAAAUCAAAAAGACACUUUCCUAUUAGUAUGAUGUUCAGAGUUUCUUCCAAAAAGUUUCCCUGUUGAGUUUAGAAAGUUUCCCUCUAUUCCUAAUUUGAUUUUUUUUUAUUAAGAAGCAUUGAAUUUUGUCAUAUGCUUUUUCUCCAUCAGUUGAUUUAAUUAUAUGCUGUUACUUCCGUAGUCAGUUGAUAGGAUGUAUUACGUUGAUUGAGUUUUGAGUAUUGAACCAGCCUCACAUCCUUGUGAUAAGCCCUACUUGGUCAUGGAGUAUAAUUGUCUAUAUAUACCAUGCUGCAGUAUUUCAUUUGCUAGUAUUUUGUUGAGGAAGUUUUCCUGUAAUUUCAUGAGUGAUAAUGAUAGAUGUUACUUGGUUCCGAUGUCUAGAUGAUAAAUAGCCUCUCAACAUGAAUUGGAAGGAAUUCUCUUCUGCUUUUUUGGAAGAUAGUAUGUAGAAUCAGUGUUAUUUGUCUAAUGUUCGAUAGCAUUCUCCAGUGAACAAGUGGGACCGGAGAUUUACUUCUAGAUGCUUUUUAAUUACGUAUUUAUUUUAUUUAAUAGCUAUAGAACUAUUCAGAGUAUUUCAUAUUGAAUGAAUUUUUAUAGAUUUUCUUAGGGAAUUGUUCAUUUUAUGUAAAUUUUCUAAUUUGUCGCGUUCUUUUAAAUACUACCUUUUAUCCUUUUGAUGGCAGCUGGAUCUGUACUCAUGUUCCUUGUAUUCUUGAUACUGGAAAUGUAUCACUUAUCAUUGUCAGUCUUUGUAGACAUACGUCAGUUUCACUGAGCAUUUCAAAGAAACAGCACUUUCUGUUUCUGAUUUUUCUCCACUCUCUGUUCUUCAUUUCACUGAUACCUGCUCUGAUCUGUAUCGUGUCCUUUCGUCUACUUGGCUUUGAUUGUGUCUGACUCAGUGGUUUCUUGAGGUGGAUAUUUAGGUUAUGGAUUUAAGGCUUUUUUCUUUUUUAAUAUAAGCUUUAAGUUCUAUACGUUUUCUUUAUACUGCUGUUAGUUUCAUCCCACAAGUUUUAAUAUGUUUUUGAUUAUCUUAGUUCUAAGUUGUCCUGAUUCCUUUUGAGACAUCUUCUCUAAACCAUGGAUUAUUUAGAAGUGUAGUGUUUAACAGUGUCUGGAGUAUUCCAUGCUGUUUAUUUGUUACUGAUAUCUAAUUUGUUUUACAUUUGAUGUUACUGUUUGAAUUUGUUGACUUUUUUCCUUAUGCCCCAGGAUAUAGGCUGUCUUGUUUUACACAGCUGCUUGAAAAGAAUGUGUGUUCUGCUGCCACUGGGUAAAGUGUCUCUAAAUGUUUGUAUGAGCCUGUUAGUUUGUGGUGUUACUUAGGUCUCCUGCGUCCUUGCUGAUUUUUUGUGUAGUAUUUCUGUCAAUUGCUGAGAGAGGGAUGUUGCAGUCCUGAACUGUAAUUGUGGAAUUAUCUAUUCCUCCCUUAAGUUCUAUCAGUUUUUGCUCCGCAUAAUUUAAAGCUCUGUUGUUUGGUACAUACACGCGUAGGUUUGCUUGGUAUUCUUGGUAUACUGACCCUGUUGUAAUUAUGCAAUGUCCUUUAUUGCUCCGGUUAAUACUCUUAUCAUUUCUUUAUCUAAUACUUACAUGGUCCCUCUUACAUUUCUGGUUAAUGAUUGCAUGAUUUAUACUUUUUUAAACCUGAUCUCUAUCACUAUAUUUGGAGUAAGUUUCUUGUGAAGAGCAUAUAUUCAGGUUGUGAUUUUAUAUCUAGUUUUUUUGUUUUUGUUUUUUGUUUUGUUUUGUUUUUUGAGACAGAGUCUUGCUUUGUGGUCCUGGUUGGAGUAUAGUGGCGCAGUCUGCAACCUCCGCCUCCCAGGUUCAGGCGAUUCUCCUGCCUCCGCCUCCCAAGUAGCUGGGACUACAGGUGCCCGCCACCACACCCAGCUAAUUUUUGUAUUUUAAGUAAAGAGGAGGUCUCACCAUGUUGGCUAGGCUGGUCUUGAACUCCUGAUGACCUCAGGUGAUCUGCCUGCCUCAGCCUCCCAGAGUGCUGGGAUUACAGGUCUGAGUCACUCUGCCUGACCCCAGCUUGCAUACUUCUGUCUGUUAUUGGUGUAUUUGGACCCUUUAAGUUUACGGUAAUUAUGUUAGUGUUAUGUCUGCUAUUUUAUGAUUUUGUGUGUGUGUGUGUUCUGCUGUUUUUUUCCUUGGGUUUUUUGGGUUUUUUUUUUUUUUUUUUUUUUUUGGUCUUUUAACAGUUUUUUAGAAUUCCAUUUGAUAUAUUUGUAGUGUUUUAAAUAUAUUUCUUUGUAUUAAUUUUUUAGUGGUUGCUUUGGGUAGUCCCCUGUACAUAUGUAACAUAAUUACAGUUAAUGGUAUGGAAAGUUUAGCACUUAGAUGUAUAGAAACCUUACUUCCAUUGGUCCCUUUACCUUGCCUGUUAAUAUAAUUGUCUAAAGUAGUUCCUCUUCAAAAUUGAGCACCAUGUUGGAAAAUGUAAUUUUUGCUUCAACUGUCAAAUAUAUCUUACAGAAGCCACAGGGAGUAUUGCUUGUUGAUCUCUUUACCCAUUCCAUUGUUCUUCUUUCUUGAAAUUGUAAGCCACCUUCUAUUAACAUUUUCUGUUUGGUGAACUUGUAGCCUUUUUCCUAGGCUCCGUCUGCUGGUGACAGGUGUUCUUUGGUUCCCUUUCUCUAAAAGGGUCUUUAUGUUCCCUGCAUUCCUGAGGGAUAUUUUUGUGGGAUAUAGGAUUUAAGGUCUGCAGUUCUUUCAGUAUUUGAGAAACACGUUGCUUCCUUCUGUCCACUGUGGUUUCAGAUGGGAAGUCUGUUACCAUUUGAACCUUGUUCCCUAGUUUCUAAGCGUGUCGUUUUUAUCAGCCUGCGUUCACAGUGGGGUUUUUCUGUUUGUUUUGUUUUUUGUAGUGUUCACAAGUUUGGUUAUGAGAUUUGUGAUGUGGAAUUUUUUUGAGUUUUUCUUCAGCUUUUUGAUCUGUUGGUUUAUGCCUUUUGCCAAAUUUGGGAAUUUUCAACCAUUAAUUUCUUGAAGUAUUUUAUCACCUCUAUUCUUUCUCCUCUCUGGCACUCCAGUGAUUUGUUACUGUCUUACAGGUCUCUUGUGCUUUCAUUUUUACCCCCUUUUUCUGGUCUCUUUUUCCCCUUUUCUCAUGUUGGUUAAUUUCUAUCGACUUUUUUCAGCUCACUGAUUCUUUUUUCUGCCAUAUGUAGUCUGUUGAGCUUGUCCAUGACUUUUCAUUUUGGGUUUUGUAUUUUUUAGUUGUUUAAUUUGGUUCUUUUGUACAUCUUUUAUUUCUUUGCUUAGUUGUUAAUACUAAAGGACUCAGAAAACAGACAAAACUCAGUUGCAAAGUCAUGGUUUUCUGGUGGUUUGUCUCAGUAUUUGAAUAGAAAUCCUGAAUUAUUUGGAGUAGAAGUCCUGUCGUCUUUUAUACUGGGCUCCUUUAACAUUUCUGUUAACAGAUCUUAUAACGGAGGGUGAUCUGCAUACCAUUCAGAGCUGUGUAUUCCAGGGGAAGGCUGUAUGUAACAUUCUCCAGCUCUGUAAGCCUCGUCAUAGCCUCAGUGGAGAAGGAAUCAUUCCUCUUCUAAGAUUGCUUGAACCCUUUGUUAUCAGACCCACAUACCCCUCCCCAACCAAACUUGUCUAGAUCCUCUGUUUUUCUUUUUUUUUUUAAAGACGAGGUUUCACCAUGUUGGUCAGGCUGGUCUUGAACUCCCAACCUCAGGUGAUCCACCCGCCUUGGCCUCCAAAGUGCUUGGAUUACAGGCGUGAGCCACCACGCCCGGCCUGAUCCUCUUUUCUUCAUACUCUGUUGUUUAGGCUUCUCCUUAUUAAGCAGCUUCUUUCCCAUAAUCUAUAGCUUUCCUAUUUCAAGCCUCAUUUCCAACCUGUUUCAUCCUUCCUUGCCUGUCAAGCUCUGCUUAUUCCUUCUUUUUCUCACACACACGCCCUGAGUAACUAUUCUGUGCACUACCUGUCCCCACCCCUUUACAUUUUCUUUUACUCCCCAGAUACUGCUACUAAAUGGCAACUUCCACCCCUGUCUUAAGCAGGUCUCGCAAAAGUCCCUUUUGACCCCCUCUCCCUCCCCCGGCUCUCUUUUUGAGCCUCUCUACUGCUAAAUCUCUGACUUGAAGGUCCUUUCCUGGCCUCUGUGAAUUCCUUUUGUUUUCCUUUCUAGGGUCUGUGUCUCUCUUCCGUCUGUAAAACAGGUUUACUUCCCACCAUCUGUCGUGAUCCUUGCUGUUGUCUAACUUGUCAUUCACCCUAAGUUAAUUUGCGCUGAAGACACUUUACUCUCAGUGAUGCACAGAGUUUCCCCAAAUCCAUGUCUCCAGGUUGGAUGUUUCUCAUGUCAUCACCAUUCCACGCCUUUUCUGUAUUUAUACUCACUGAGCCUAUAUGCAUGUAUCAUGUGGCCAUGACCUUGGCCAUGGAGAUGCACCCGUAAUCGUCAUAAGAAAAACUACAGUAUUACUGUGUAUCAGACGUUGUUUUGAACGUUUUACACGCAUCAGCUCUUUUCACCUUUAUGACAGCUCCAAGUGGUGCACAGUGUUAUUUUCUCCCUUUAACAAAUGACAAAACUGAGGUACAGAAAGAUUAAGGAAUUUGUCAAAGGUCUCACAGUUAUGAAAUGAGGGUUUUGGAAGCCACUACGCCGAUUUCAGAAUCCAUGUCCUUAUCUCUUUAUUGCUUCUCAUUAGGUGGGUUUUUGUUUCCUGGUCACCACUUAUUUUUACUAAAAUGGGUCAAACUGUGCUCAUUUAUUUAUAAUAUAUUCUCAUUUGAUAGUACAUCUUGUCCAUUCUUUCAAGCAAAUGAGAUAAACCAAACUCACUCUUCAAUGCCUGCAUAAGCUGGUGUGACUAGAAAAGACAGAGAAUCUCUAUCUGGGUUUGAGGAAAUGUGGGAGCGGGUGGGGAGAAGGAGUAGAGAAGGGCUACGGCAUGCAUGUGGUUUUAGGUGGAUUGAGCUGCCUGGAGAACAUCAGCUAGUCCCCGUAAUUUCUGUCUUGUUACUCAAACCAGACACAUUGUGGCCAUUUCCUUUUCCUUUAUCAUCCACACACCCAACCGCUGCCCCAUUCCUUUUUGUUCCUUAAUAGACCCUCAGUGUAUAUGUGUGUUUUGGUGUACGGCCAUACACAGCAGAGUAUUUUUAUUAUUAGAAUUUUUAGUUUCCCUGCCAUGUUUACCACAGAGCUGUGCAUAUAGGUGGCACCAUAUAUGGCAUACCUUGACCCCAAAGAGAAACUACAUGGACGUUUAUGGACCUAUGUACACAAUUUUAGAAAUCAGAAUGAAUGACUGCUGGAGUCCUCAAGGCCCCGUCCAGAUUCGAUGAUUUGCUAGAAAGACUCACAGGACGCAGCAUUUUGUCAUACUCAGUGGCUGUGAUGUACCACACUGAAAGAAUCCAAAGCAAACUCGGUAAAAGGAAAAGGCUCAGACUGAAGUCCCGAAGAAACCAGGCACCAUCUUCGAUGAUCUUACCUCAAUAUAAAUCACACAGGAUGUGCUUGAUUGAAGCUCCAUCUGGGACUUAGAACAACAUGUGAGAGAAAGUCUUACAGGGCACCCUUUGCUCAGAGUUAGUAUUGGACUCAUUUCCUAGCACACACCAUAACUCUCGACCUCCAGAAGAACAGGAGGUGUUCAGCCGAAGCCACGUGGUUUACACAGGCAAUUUCGGCACAGGGAGCUACUUCUCAUUACUGGGAACAACGGGAAACCUCCCAAAACCUAAAGUCCCAGACUGCAGCCAAGGGUGAACCUUGCAAGAUCAAACAAUAGCAGUCUCUGGCCUGCUGCGUUGUCUCUUUUUCACAGUGACUUAAGUGGGAAAAUGUUGAGUCAGCUUACAUUUCUGUAACAUUACGCAAAUAAAAUUUUCUAUAACAAAAAUAAACUAUAGCUUUGAAA